AUGGUUAUAGCCGAGACGAAGCAUGUUGAUCUUCGUGAAGCUAUACAAAAACAAAGCUUCAUUGGCCCGGAUGAAACAAUCGUUGAUGUUGCUCAAGUAGCACAUGCGAACAAGAAGAAAAAAUUGAGCUAUCUUUGCAUUGUGGCGAACUCGAAGUCCGAAGGAUAUCUUCUUCAGGUUAAAUUGGAUGGUGCUGUUUACAAAAAGAAACGAUCUUGGCUUCUUGAGAAUAUUCAAAGCUUUGACGGAAAAAAUUUGCGGGCGGAUAACUUGGAGCUUGAUUUUACCUCGGACAAGCCGUAUCAUUGGCUUUUUUCUGAUGCUCUUGAGCGUGACAGCUUUAUCCAUUCAGCGCACAAAGCAUGUCGGCGAUAUUGUCGGAAAAUUUGCCCCAAGUUCAUCAACGUACCAGAGCAAUUGCUUGAGAGCUUCUUGGGACCAGUUAUUGGAGAUGCCAUUGUGAAUGAGAAAGAUGCAGACGAAGAUAUGCGACUUCUCAAUUUCCAGCUGACGGAAUUGAGUGAAAGAGAAGAAGAUGAUUUGUUGCGUUUGCUUGAUGAGUGUGAAGCAUCUGGUCAGGCCGGGCUUCUGGAGGCUGAAAUUUUUUACCAGCGACUGCAGGAGGAAGCGUCACGUCUGGACGACGCAAGUUUGAAGUCCAUGGUCACUCCCACGGUCCCAGAAGGCCGCAGCGAAAGUGAAAUUGUUGUUGAUCAUCUCGAGGCUGCGGAAAAUGACGUUUCGCAGGUGUUGAAGGAGUUGGAUGAUUAUACAUCAAUCGUAUCAGCGGUGUAUAACAAAGUAAUUUUGAUUGAGGAGAAGCAACGGAUGAUACAAACGAAAAAUCAGAACAGCCGUAAAUUGAUGAUCCUUCUACAACGUUUUGUGAGUCAGUUGGACGUCGAUCCUCGAGAUCUUCAAAUUUUAUCGGAAGCCGAUUUCUCAGCGUCGGAAUCUGCUACGAAACUGUGCGCAUCAGCAGAAAACCUUAAAAUUGCACUGAGACCUAGUUUACCCCCUGGAAUGGAAAAACUAGCUGCUUAUCAGGAGCAGCGGAAGAAGCAUGAAAGAGUGAAGAAUAAGUUUUCGCAGAAACUCCAGUUGCACCUUCGAAAUAUGUUCACGCAUUUGACAAGCAUGAGUAUCGAAGGCGGAGUUGUGCGACCUGUGGAAGAGCUCUCCCUUGCUGGACAUUCGGCAAUCCAUCGCCUGCUUAGGCCAUACACCCAUUUGUCCCUUUGGUUGAAAGAUGCAGACCCUCCUGCGCACGAGGAUUUAAUCAAAGAAUACGCAAAAUCAGUUUCUCGAUUAUAUGACCGAGACAUAAAACAGUUUUUCUUGGAUGCGAGGAAAGCGAUUGGGGCCAAAGGGCGUGGUGGACGAUGGGAAAAUGCUGAUUUCAGUGGAGUUUCUGGAGCUCAGCAACUGGUUUCUGAGGGAGUGAGGGGACUCAUAAGAGGUGCAAAAACAGUUUCUGGUGCCGUGAGUUCGCCGUCUCAAGCGGGGGCAUCGAUGAUGUCGGGAAUCACGAAUUCCCGGCCUCCUUACGAAUCGCAGCUUCUGGGUCUUGACUCCGAACAAUUCAUGGUUGGGUCGGCUGAUGAUGUUGCUAGAAGAGAAGUCUUCGAUCAAAUGCUGGAUCGGCUGUUGAGUGAGCUUCAACCAGUGUGUCUCGCUGAGCAAAACUUCUGCAUGAAAUUUUUCCGCCUUGGUGGACCGGUGUCCAGUACAUCCAUGAGUUCAUCCAUUUCUCAGGGCUCUUUGGCGUCAACUGCAACUCUAGGACUUGUUGGACCUAUUACUGGCAGCAGAAAAGGAAGCUUACACACGUUGGAUGUAGGAGAUGGAAAUUCGGGACUUUUUCAUGGGAACAAUUCUUCGCAGGAUUCCAAAGUGAUGACCCAAGAACUGCGGAAACUAAUGGCAGCAUUGUUCCCAAAUCUGAGUGAAGAACUCGGUAAUUUUAUCCAGUUCUACUCGGACAAAGUUGAUGGAUUUAAUUCCAUGGUCCUUCUCGUCGGAUUGAGUGAACAUGUGUUGAAGGCGCAAGACACAGGCUCCUUUUUGUCUGUGACUUUUGGAUCGGCUCUCAUUCAAGCCAAACGCAGUCUGGAUAAGUUUAUGCAAGCCCAGCUAAGAAGCUUGGCGGAAUUCAAACCGAAGAACGCCAGAAAACUAGGAAUUCUUCCGUUCAUCCGAAAUUUCGAGAGCUUGGUGCGAACGUCGGAAGGCAUUUAUGGGGAUUGCCCGAGGAGGGCUGACUUGGAUAAGUGGUACGCCUUCCUUGUAGAAAAGAUCUUUGAGACCGUAGAACGUUUGGCGUCGAGUGAGAAAGUGACGCAUUCGAGAACGUACACGGGUGAUGUCGCACGUAUGGAGAACUAUUGGUACCUUUGGUCCGUGUUGUCGCAAGUAAAGAUAGCUGCGCUCGAAGGAGAACGGAAGAAAUCCAAAGAACUUUACAAUGAAGCUUUGCAUCGUUAUGUUGUUGAACAUUUCGGGCAACCGUUGGAGAAGUUGAAUACGUUUUUUGAAGGAGUACUGGCGUUGGUCGCCGGAGGAGUAAGAGAAGAGGAAGUAUGUUUCAGAGUAGCAUACUCGAAAUCGGAACUGCGCAAAGUUGUUGCCCUUUAUCCACCAAAAGAAGUACACAAAGGGUUGGAAAAUCUUUACGUGGGUUUGCAGAGGAAGCUUUCAGUUGAAGCAAAUUUGAUGCAGGUUGUGUGGCGUGGGAUGCAAGAAGAGUUUCUCAAUCAAUAUAAGGCUAUUGAAGACUUGAUUCAACGAUGUUACCCGGAUUCCCGCAUCCAGCUCGAAUUCACUGUGGAAGAUAUUUUGAAAUUUUUCUCCGAGAUUGCCCAGAAGCACAGUUGA